AUGGUACCUCAACUAGAUCCGCAGUGUUAUGAUUUAACUUUAUCAUUUACAUUUUUUAUUGCCCAAAUUUCAUUUCUUUGGCUUAAAGAAAAUUUUGUCUUGACUUUUGCUGUUCCAGGAGACCUGUGGUCGGGUUCAGAGGAUGGUGUUAUUAAGAUAUGGCCUUGGGAAGCUAUUGAAAGAUCUUUGUCUUUAACUGUUGAAGAAAGGCCCAUGGCUGCACUACUUGUAGAGAGGUCCUUCAUUGACCCAAGGGGCCAACUCGCUGCAAAUGGUUUCGUCAAUGUCUUUAAUUCCGAUGUCAAGUACCUCUUAUCUGAUGAUUCCAGAGCCAAAGUGUGGACUGCUGGUUAUUUAUCCUUUGCAUUAUGGUAGGUCUUGAGGGGAGUUCUGUUGGGCAGUGGUGGCUGGAUAUGAUUGACAAAACAUUGGAUGAAGGAUCAACAUUUGAACGAGUUGGUUCUAGGCAAUUAGCAGGCUUGCUUAUUGCUGCAUGGUUGGUAUUUUCUAUCAAAAACUCUUUUGUGAAUUGUUAUUGUUAUUAUUUUUUCAAUGUCUCAGAUGUAUAGAUUUAAUUUUGCGUCACCAUUUUUUAAGUGCCGUGUCUGAUUAACUCCUUAAUAACUUCAAGUCUUUAACCUAUUACUAACUGUCUCUCAAGUGAACUCAGUUGUUUCUUACUUUCUUAAAAUCAAGUGGGUAAUUUUUAGUUUGUUUGUCUUGAACUAGAUUUUGUGAGGAAUAA